CGUUAACACGCUGCAUCUAUCUCUCUCUCUCUCUCUCUCUCUCUAUUCCUAUGUCACACGCUUGUUCAAAUAAUUUUCUUCAAAUUUUACUAUUUUUACAGCUGCAAGAUUCUUGUCUUUAAAUUGUUUUUGUAUCGAUUUAAAGGUUCAAUCUUUCACUUUUUUAGCUUCAAUUCUCAAUUGGGGUUUCUGAGAUUUCCUUAUUUGUCUUCUGUUUUCAUAUGAGUUCCUCUUGUUUUUGAGCUUUCUUGCUUUUUUGCUGUGUUUUAGUCCACAUGGAAUUUUUUUCCCUUUUGGUGUAAAUCCCACUUUUUUCAUAGACUUUUCUCUGUUCCUUUUUUCCCAAGUUAGUUCUUUUCUCACAGUCAUUCCAAUUUUCAGUUUUUCUUACUUUUCCAUGCUUAUCCUAAUUUGGUUCCUUUCUUAGCUACAAACAGUUAAUAUUUUUCCCUUAGUGAUCAUCAAAUUUUCUCUUUUAGCUACAGAAAGUUGGUAUUUUCCCCCUAUUAAUCAUCUAAUUUUAAUAAAAAUUCAAUCUUGGAAGAUUUUUGAUAAAGAAACAGAAUCUUUGUGUAAUUUGGCAAGAAGGGAAGGUUUCAAGAUUUUAGCUUUGAGGGGAAAAAAAUGCUGAAGUGUUUUUAUAUAUUCAAGGAUAAGUCAAGGUCAAGAAGGAGAGGGGAAUCGGCACCAGAAUUGAGUAAUGAAAGUAGGAGAGAUGGUAAUUCAGAAGGGAAAAAGGUAGCUAAGUCUACAGGUUCAGUUUCAUCUGCUAGAAGUAUACCGCAAAUGUAUAGAGAAAAAGAGCAAAAUUUGAGGGUUUUUUCACUUUCAGAGCUUAAGGAAGCUACAAGGAGUUUCAAUAGGAUGUUAAAGAUAGGGGAAGGUGGUUUUGGGAGUGUAUAUAAAGGUACAAUUCAGCCUCCUAGUGGAAGAGGUGAUCCUAUUGUGGUUGCUAUUAAGAAGCUCAACACACUUGGAUUGCAGGGCCACAGACAAUGGGUUGCAGAAGUUCAAUUUCUCGGUGUUUUGGAGCACCCUAACCUUGUUAAGCUUCUAGGAUAUUGCGCUACAGAUGGGGAAAGAGGGAUUCAGCGCCUAUUGGUUUAUGAAUACAUGCAAAAUAAGAGCUUAGAAGAUCAUCUGUUCAACAGAGCUGUGCCGGUAAUUCCCUGGAAAACAAGAUUGAAAAUUAUCCUUGGUGCAGCGCAAGGAAUGGCUUAUUUGCACGAGGGUCUAGAAGUCCAGGUGAUAUAUCGAGAUUUCAAGUCAUCAAAUGUGCUUCUGGAUGAGGAUUUUAAUCCAAGGCUUUCAGAUUUUGGGCUUGCAAGGGAAGGGCCGGCUGGUGAUCGCUCUCAUGUGUCUACAGCGCCGGUUGGGACUUUAGGAUACGCUGCCCCUGAAUAUGUUGAAACUGGACAUCUAUCGGUCAAGAGUGAUAUUUGGAGCUUUGGAGUUGUUCUUUAUGAGAUCCUCACUGGCAGACGAACUUUGGAAAGGAACCUUCCCGUGAUGCAACAGAAGCUUAUUGAUUGGGUAAAGCAAUUUCCUGCUGAUAGUAGAAAAUUCAGCAUGAUCAUUGAUCCAAGGCUUCGAAACGAGUUCUCACUUGUUGCUGCUAGGAGAAUUGCAAAACUGGCCGAUAGCUGCUUAAACAAGAUCGCCAAAGAGCGUCCAAAAAUGAGUGAAGUAGUUCAGAUACUAACACAAGCAGUACAAGAAUCACAAGAAACAACUUCUUUAGAAAUCACAGGUCCAGGUCCAGGGCCAUCUCGGCCUACACAGCUUGCCUCACCUAAACAACAACUUAAAAAUAAGACCAUUGCUGAAACUGCACGGCCAAUGCGCCCCAUAGCUCAGGCGUGAAUGCUCAAAAGAUCGCGGAUCAUAUCUCAAAAUUGAGAUCCUUAUGCACGAGGCGAGUAAAUUUUUCUAUAUAUAUAGUAAGUAAUAUUCUUUGGUAAAAGAAAUGGGCUCUUCACAUGUCCCAUUAGAGUUCUUUUUUGAUAAAGUAUGUUUGCACUAGGAAGAGUAUGGCAAAAGGAGGGAAGUUUCUUUUUUCAGUUAAAAGUGAUUUUUAAGAAUGUACUUGUAAACUCCUUAGUUUAGGACUUCUAUUCACUAGUGUUUGUUUGUGUAAAUAAAUCCAUUUGUAUUCCAAGAUUUCAGAGCAACAAAUUUUGUUCCUCUUAGUUCCUA